GCUCUAUAUUUCCGGCAGUCAAACCCGCACGUGUUGGUCAAGAGGGCUGCAAAGCUGUCCACGCUGGAUAUUGAAGUUCGAUACUCCUGGUUCGAUUGGACUCCUUUUUUUUUUCCCUUUUUCCAUCACACCACACAACAUUCAAAACAUUUAAUUAACGCCUUCCGUCUUUUUUCUUCUUUUCAGACGCAGCUGGUGAAUAAGGUCCCUUUUAAUUGUUUAACCCCGUACUCGUCAAGAAGGGGAGGGCGGGAAAAGAGAAGACAUUCGCACAGGGUAGUUCUGCACCGCUCGCUUCACCACCGGACACCGACACGUUGCAGCUACCAACAACGACAAAAGGAUAAGCAAAGAUCUCGUAGUCCUCUUCCAUCGCUUCUCCCUCUUUGCGUUUCGCCAACGAAGAGUUUUGACGCGUACCGGAUACGAAUUGAAUUUCUCUUUCACUGAUUGUUAGUGUUUAUUUGUUUUCUUCCGCUUCUGCGUUCGCCUGUGUGUUGUAUUGCUUCUCUGUUGACACACCUUCUCCUGAUUUUUGUAAUUCCCUCUUAUAUCAAUCAAAAAUCCACUUCUUUUCUUCGCUGAAGAAGUUUUUUUUUCUUUCUUCUGUUUGUCAGGGUUGCUCCCUUUUUGAACAACACGGUUCUCUUCUCGGGAAGACGUGCGUGCACUCUGAAAACCUUGACGAUAACUCUAGUGACCUCUGAAUACAUUUCUUUGUUGUUGUUUUCUUUCUUCUCGCGCUGUGGAGCAGAUCAAACAACCGCUGCAAGUCAUCUUCUCUUAUCUUUUUUAUCUCUGUCUUUUCCGUUGUGAUUCAACGUGUCCAGGUGCGACGAUAUCCCCUACCUACAUUUCCCUGCUUCGGAUCUAUACAAGCCGUCUUCCCACACCUCUUUCAAGACCGUCGCGCAGGGCGAAGCAAUCUGUGUUUAGUGUUGCACUGUUUCUCCCUCUUGGCAUUUCCGCAUUGCCCCCUUCCGCAGGAGAGUAGAUCACUCGUUAAUAUUAUUUUACUUUUUUCUUGGUCUGUGUGCGCUUUUUGUUUUCCUUCCUUGUUGUUAGUGUUUCUUCCACCGUUAAGCGCAGGAGUCACUGACUCUCUGUUCACGUGGUGGAGGUCAAACGAGGAACACAGAAGACGGGCUCCCGUCAACAGUUGAUCUUCGUUCUCUUUUCCUUUUCUCUUUGUGUUCCUUUCCGCGUCUCGUCGACGAGGCUUGUCAUUUGUUGCUGUUCAUUGGUGUUGUUUUGUACAUACUGUUGUGGUGGUGGCCACGCUGCUUCCUUUCGUUGAUUGUAGAUAAUCGAGAUUGAAAACUGCCCCACACGGUGGCAACACCCGGAGGAAGAUCAAAAAGCACUAAACCUUCUGUUGUCGUUAUUACUACUGUUACUAUUACUAUUGUUGAUCAGGAGAGACAGGAAACUUUGCACUCCUGCUGUUGGGAACCUUCGUGUGAAAAACGAAGCCAAGUAAAUCACCGUACCAGCAACCGAUUCAAUCAACAUGUUGCAGUCACCGCCUCCCUACGUGCCCGUGGUGGAGUACGUCCUCAAGGCUCUCGAGCACCCACCGUUCAUGUACGUGGCAAAGCUUGCUGCGUGUUGCAUUAUGCUCUUCCUCACGCGCGAAAACCCUGAGUUGCUGCAGGAGCUGUCCCGCAAGUGGGCGUUGCGCUUCCAGCAAGAUCGUGCCAAGCUCGUCGGCUACAUUCGCAAACGGGCCUCCUACUGCGUGAUCUCACCGGACGCCAGCGUGGAGAUGGAGAUGUCGGACAAAGUAAACAGCGACGAGGUGGAUGACAUCACCGACGGCGAAAGUAGCAGCAAAGACACGCAGCGCAACGACGACAACGAAGAGGAGCCGCUGUGUGGCAUUCGCAGCUUCGACCCCGACACGGCCGUUGAGCACCUGCUGUCCAUUCUGAACACCCUCGUGCCCAUGUACUUUUCGUGGAACUGGCAUCGCGCCGAUUAUGUUGUCCAAAUCAACAGAGAAUACGAGGUCUACGUUCGCGAGUUCAUCUUGCCCAUGUGCGCUGCCUUGGCGCCGGAAAACGGCGUCGAUGAUGAGGAGCACACGCCGUGGCUGCUGACUCCGCAUACGUACCUCGACUCCACGCAGAACAUCACCGGUUUUUACACACCCACCUCUGGCACAGGCCAGUUCCCGCCGGUGAAAGAAGGAAGUGUUGCAGGGAGUCGUCUUGGCGUGGCUCAAAACAGCGAGGGAGGUUCUUCCGUCGCAAAAUCCACCGGCAUGGCAACGCCCCUUAGCGGCGGGCUUAGCAAAGCCUCGUCUGAGCUCGAAGGCCUUGGUUACUCUACGAUCCACAAGCACUUCGCGAACAGCCCCAUGGGGCGCAAGAGUGCCGACCGUCACGCCGGCGCCGUCGCCACGCAGCUGCCGCGGUUCGCUCUCGCACGCCCGACCUCCCGCGGUGAGUACAGCAAGGAUGUGCUGGGUAAGAGCGCUUCGCAGGUGCCCGCUGCGGUCGCUACGACACCUACUGGGAGAUCUGCUGCGAUGACGCCCAAUGCGAUGCAACCCGCCAGCGUGCCGAGAAUGUCACCGAAUGUAAUGUCGGCUGGUGUCUUCAAUGCAGCCGCCGUUUACGGCCUUCGCUUCCUCUCCUUGAACACCUACCGCGCCGCACUCCGGCGCAACACGCGAGGCCUCGUGACCGUCUUUCACGCCAAGUACUCGGCACGGAGCAACGAGGUGAUUGAUGCCUUCCAGAUGAUAAUGGCGAAGCGCCUGCUUAACCCGAUGCCGACCAUCGCCGUCGUGUACGCCGUCGCGGAGCCGGAGCUGUCCACCCUUUACAAGGUCAGCUGGUUCCCCACAAUCGUCUACACCCCACCCCUCUCCUGCCAGCAGCAGCACAAACGAAGCAUCAAGGGUGACAGUUCAUCGCAAACCCAACCCAACUCGGAGGGCGGCCGUACACAGCCGUCCGCAGCCGGUAAGUUUCACUUAAAGCCGUGUCAUCGUCAGCACCCUCGCUCACACUCGCACCACCGACAACGACGGAGUACAAAGAGUGGCGGAACCCGCACGCUGUCGCCAGCGACGUCGUCGCGCCAACUGAGUGGCAGCGAAUCACUACCAGAUUUGACACUGAACGCAGCAGGCGCCACCGUAUCUCCAGCAACGGGCAGUGACGCAGCCGAGUACGAGGAAGAAGAUCGCAUCAAGUGGGAGUCUCCGGGCGGCGACGCAGGUGCGGCGGCGGCAAGCGGGUCAAAUGCGGAGAUCACCAGUACAAUCGCGGCAGCGGUGGCGGCCGCCGACGCCGCGACCCUCGUCCGUGCGACGGAAGUUUCGGCAGCCACGCCGACGCAUCACAACCUCUUCAUGGAAUGUCAACCGGACAGCUCGACCGUCCCCUUUGUUGCAGGUCCCAGCGGCCCGUUGACGGCCACCGCACCGGCGGCCCCGACGCCGAGUGAGCUUCUCUUUGGGAUUGGCGUUGGUGACACGACCCCCGUGCUGCCCAGCAAGUCCCCUUCGCGACACCACGAUCCAAUUACUGGCAGUGUCGAGAAUUUUAGCCUCCCCAGUAGCGUCGACGACGGUGCGUUGCCGCUGACCCAACUUCCACUCACGAAGCACCGACCGCGGCCGCAGCGGCCACUGCUCGACAUUGUGCAACGCGACUAUCACGUCAUCUAUCCCCUCCUUGGUGACCUGACGGUGCCGGCGCUGGUGGAGUGGAUCGGCUCACGGGGGGCGAGCGUGCCGCGGCUGAGCAAACUGAAGGACAUCUCCACCUGUCUCAAGUCGAUUCGGAAAGAGGAGAAAUUCAAGCGCUACCGCGAGCUGCACUCCGCCGUUGUGACGCUGCGCCGGCUGCAAGGCCAGGGACCAGGGGAGGGCGACCUCUUCGGGAACGGAGGCGGCGGUGGCGGCGCAGGAUCGAGUCCGGCUUCACGAAAGAAGGCGGCAAAGGGCGACGGGAAGCCCGGGCAGCAGCCGCAGCAGGCGGCCGAGCAGCCGCUGUUCAUCUUCCUUGGCGGGGGCAUGGCCGCGGGAAAGACCACCGCGGUCGCCGCACUCGCCAAGAGCAGCUGGUGGCAGAAUCACAAGGAGCAAAGUGUGUUGGUGAACGCGGACGAGUUCAAGCUGCCCCUGGAGUGCGAGCUCGCAUCGGCCGAGGCGCACAGACACAGCACCCGCGCAGCGGAGAAUCUGCUGGUGAAGGCGGUGAAUCAAGGACGUAGCAUCGUGCUGGAUGGCACGAUGAUGUGGAAACCGUUUGUGCAGCAGGUGGUACACAUGAUCCGCGCGGCGCAUCUCACCCUCUUUAAGCAAGGCCCCGGGUGUGAUCCCAAGACGAAGGUGGAGCAGUACUUCCUCGCCGAUAAGAAACGUCAGCCGGUGCUGCCGUUUCCGUACAAAAUUAUUCUCCUAGGCAUCACCGUGGACGUGGAGAUCGCCGUGCCGCGCGGGUUUCUGCGGAAGUUCUCAUCCAACCGCGGCGUGCCCAUCUCGAUGCAGCUGCGCUCCUUCAAAAUGUUCUCGGAGAACUUCGCCGAUUACGUCGCCAUGAUGGACGAGACGACGUUGUACAACAACAACGUGUAUGUCAAUUUGGAGAAGGGAGAGCUGCCUCCCGUGAUGGCUGAAUGCACCGAGGAGACCGGCCACAAGUUGCUGAUCCACGACGAGGCCGCCUUUCAGCACUUUAUAAAGCAGCAGCUGAUCAACGAGAACGCAGACAACGUGAUGCAAGUUUACCCCUCCUCACCGGUGACGGCGGAGUUUCCAAGGUGA